UUGGUUUCUUUCGCACAUUAAAAUAAUAGCUUAGAUGUAAUAAAGCUUAAGUAAUAUGUUUCGCACUCAGCUAGUGAGAUAUAAAAGAUUUGUUUCUAGGCGAUUGUUCUGUUCCGAAGCAGGUUUCCGUAAUGUACAUCAAGCAAAGAGAUUUUAUGCACCGUUAUUAGACAUGAAAGAAGCCACCGUGAUUAAGUAUAUUGAUAAGAGUGAGUUUUUUCUCGAUUUGGACCAGAAGGAUGUCGAAAGGAAAAUAAAUUAUUUGAAAUAUUUGAAUGCAACUGGUACAGAAAUAUUGGAACACGCACAGUUGUUAACUUUACAUUUAUUUACGCUUGAGAAUAGAGCAACAAUUUUACGCGAAUCAGGAUUUGUUGAAACGUUAACACUAAUGACAGUCUCGAAAUAUCUAACAAUUGUUAGAAAAAGUGUGAAAACGUUAAAAUUACAUCAACUCAUUCCAGCCGAUCUGAACAUGGUUGAGCAAAUGAAAAAGCAAUUCGAUGUAGAUAUUUGUCCAAAUGUUGAUAACAAUAGCGACGACGUACAAUUACAAGAGUUGAGGAAAGCAUUUUUAAUGGAGUUUCUUAAGAUUCGAUUACAACUUUCAGAGGACGAAAUCACAAAAUUGUGGAAAACAUAUUCGAGAUUGAAACAUCGCAGUUUUGGCCAUACUCAGCGAGUACUAGAUAUUUUGCAGCACGAUUACCAUUUCGGCAGAGAUAAAAUAAUUGGCAAUUUUUAUUUGCUUUGUGCACAUCCCGAAAAUUUACUGCGGUUUCCGGAAGUUGUUCCAACAAUUGCUGAAACCAGUAUAAAGGAAGUUAUAAUGAGGCAACCUAAAAUAGCGAUGGUUCAAUGUGAGAAAGUAAAAGAUUUACUGGAUGAACUACGCAAGCAAAACAUUUGCGAAAAAGGAAUUUUUAUAUAUCCUAUUAUUCUUACUUUGUCUCCUGAAACAGUUAGAGCUAGACUGAAAGAGUUACAGAAACACCAUGAAUUCAAGGUAUUACUCAGUAAUCCACGGAUUGUGAAACUAAUAGCGUAUCAAACCAAAGCCACCAUUCGACUGGAAUUUCUUCGGCAGAUGAAGGUUCGGUGUGCGUCACUGAAUGUUCUUUCCGGACACUCUAAAAAUUUUGAACGGUACGUCCUUGAUGGUUACGAUCGGACGACAGGAAAAGAUACCUCCCAUUAUCUUAAUAUGAUUUUUAACCAACAUGGAAUGAAAGCGAUGAAUUCAUUGAAAAAGCAUCCGAAUUGGUUUCAUGUUCCGGUUAUUCAGCUGCGCAAUACCUUCGAAUAUUUGAUAAACGAAGGAUUCGAGGCGGAUAGCAUUUUAGAAAACGUUCAGAUUCUGCUUUAUCCUAGAUUUCGCAUCGAAAGUAAACUACAAACGUUAUUAGACUGUAAAGAACGGAAAAUACAGCACGAUGAAAUGGGUUUAGAGUUGACUUCAACAACUCCUAUUCAGAUUUUAUCACUUUGUUUAUACUUGAUAGAAGUUGAUUUCCGUUUCACUGGCGACGGCGUCUGGCCGGAAGAGAACCAACAGAGCGAUACUGUCACAACCACAAACAUAAAGAUACCUAGCACAUUGCAUUCAACCUAUAAAUAUGGAAAGAAACCGGCAGGAUCUGCUAAUAUCUGA